AUGGCGACGCCCCUGGACUCGGAGCAUCCAUACGUCACCCACGCCGGCCCUCCAAAACGGCUUAUUGUCUGUUGCGAUGGGACGUGGAUGGACUCGUUGGGCGCAAAGGGGAGCGAGCCGCCGUCCAACGUCACACGCAUAUCGCGCGUCUUCUGCCGGACCUGCAGCGAUGGCACCCACCAGGUGAUCAACUACUUCGCGGGCGUCGGGACGGCCAACGCGCUGGACCGCUUCACCGGCGGCGCCUUCGGGAUGGGUCUGGAUCGGGAUAUCUGUGAAGUGUACAACUUCUUGUGCAUGAACUACGUCGACGGCGACGACAUGAUCCUGAUCGGCUUCUCGCGCGGGGCCUUCACGGCGCGGUCCGUGGCCGACAUGAUCGCGUCGGUCGGCCUGCUGACGCCGCAGGGGCUGGACCGCUUCUACGCCAUCUUCGAGGACUACGAGAAGAUGGGCCACACAGGCCGCCAUCCCGACGACUACCUUGUGCCGGGCCUGCCCGAGUACGACGGCUCGCACGGCCAGGCCAAGAUCGAGUGGGAGGCGCGCCGCAUGCGCAUGUACAAGCAGGGGCUGCGAGAGAGGAAGUACACGCGAGACACGUGCCACGACGGCGUGACCGAGAUCAGGAUCAAGGCGCUGGCCGUGUGGGAUACCGUCGGCACGCUUGGGAUUCCGCCGGCGCCUGUGAUCGGGGUGCGCGGCACGUGGCGGUUCACCAACACGCAGAUCUCCAACAAGGUCGAGAACGCCUUCCAGGCCCUCGCCCUUGAUGAGCCGCGCUACGCCUUCCGGCCGUCGCUGUGGGAGCGCAUGCCGGGGAGCACCACCAACCUGAAGCAGGUGUGGUUCCCGGGCAACCACGGCAACGUGGGCGGCGGCUGGCACGACCAGCAGAUUUCGGACAUUACUCUGGCUUGGAUGUGCGACCAACUGUCCACUCUCGGCGUAGAGUUCAACUUCGCCCGCAUGACCGCGCUCUUCCACGAGACCUUGCGCUUCUCCGCCGCUCAUCCCUUCCCCUUCGCCCCGGGCGCCGCCAAAGCCUCUUCCUCCUCCCCCUUCUCCCUCCUCCCUACCCUACCCGACUUCACCUCCCUCAAGCGCUCGGUGAGCAAGCUAUUACGGGCCAAGCGCCCAUCCCCUACUCCCACCAACUCUACCACUACUCCGACUAGCGGCCCCUUACCCUGGGCACAACCUCCCCUCUUCCACCUCCCCCCUUCUUCUUCUUCUUCUUCAUCCAGUCCAAACCACAACUCCUACAAAAGAAGAGACAGCCAAGAAUGCACCCUCCGCACGACCACCACCACCACCCCCUUAGACCAGUGCUUCACCCCGCACCCCCCGCCCUCCACACCCGCGCCCACCCUCCUCCGGCUAGGCGCCCGCCCCUGGGGGAUGGGCGUGAUCCGCGCCCCCACGGCGGGCCUGACCACGCUCGCGGGGAAGACGGUGCGGCGGCCGGGCAGGGUGCUGCGCGUGGACGAGACCACCAACGAGGACACGGCCGAGCCGCUGCUGGGGACGAACGAGCGCGUGCAUGCCUGUGUGCGGGUGAGAGUGGUUUGUGGCGGGUUGGGGUUGGAUGACGGGUGUUUGUGGGGGUGUGAGGCUCUUAUGGGUACUGCUAGUAAGGAUGGAGGGGAUGGGAAGGGGAAGAAGGAGGGGUGGUGGAGGUUGGAGAGGGGUAGUGUGUUGAGUGAGGAGGAGGAAGGGAGGGUGAAGGAGAUGAGGGAGUUGGGGCCUAGGGAGGUUAGGUUGGGCACUGAUCCGGUGGUUCAGGGGGAGUAUCCGAAGGGAGUGCUGUACCCGGUUGGAGGGGAGGAUCAUAAGUGGAAGUGGGUGUGGAAGGGGGAGGUGAAGGGGACGGGGCAUGCCCAGGUGCCGGUGGUGUUGGUGCUGCCGGAGGAACCGCUAGUCGGAUACUGGGAGAGGUAUCUGCUGGGGCUGAUGCGUGGGGAGGAGGACGUGUGGCGGUUUGCGCAGAGGGGGUUUCAGGGGUAGAUGUUACUACUAGUAGUCGGGAUGGAGUGAGAGGAAGUUUUAGGGACGGUUUUGGAUAGCAGGUGCUUGCUUGAUAUGUAGUAAUAUGGCUUGAUGACAGUGGUCACAGGGGUUGGGGGAAUGUUUGGGUUACAACAGAGUCGCUUGUAUCAUGAAGAUUGCCUACUGCAGUAGUAUGUUGGUUGGGGUGACGAAUGGACUGUGGCAAACUUGCCGGAUAACAAUCGUCGUAGCACGCCCAAGAGCGCCAUACCAAGUCUGACAUAAAUACCUGCAGCCCGAC